UGGGCGGGAGCCACAGGAGACGCUGUGCGUCUGCUCUCGUUUUUGCUGGGAUGGUAGCUUUGAGAAGUCUGUGGGAGGAUUCUUUGGCCAAGUCUCUGUGGAAAAUGAGAAGCCUCCUCAGAGACUUCACCUGUGGGAGGAGAAUAAUCCCUCCCUCUCCCACCUGUGAGCGGAUAAGGCCCAUCUGAGUGACAGGGGCUGGCCUUCCCUCCCCGACCCCACCCUGGGGUGGGUGGGGGGCGGGUCCCCUUAGCGGGUCCCCUUAGAGAUCUGAACAGCCAGGCAAGAUUCAGGCCGGGGUAGUGGCACUGUAAAAUUUUCCAAAACCCUUGUACCAUUCAGGUGUAGAGGGAGGAAGGUGUUCUUGGGAGCCGCUGACUACUACUGAGGAGCGUUUUUGCUCUAAUGAUAGAGAAGUGAUGUCCGCCCGGUGCUAAAGGCUUGCCUUGUACUAACUCAGACCUCCCCGCCCUGCUGAGGCUGGGACAGUCAUUCGCUCCUCUUAAGGCUCCCCAGCUAGCCACUGCAGGCCAGGAUUGAACCCCCAGGGCGGUCUUGCUCAGGGUCCCUCAAUCAGCUUUGCAGUCUGAGCAUUUCAAAAUGGGCUCUGGCCUGAUGCCCCAACCAGGAUGGAGAGGCAGGUCCUCCUCGCUGCGGUGUCUUAUCACAUCUGGCUUCCAGGCCUGAGGGCGCCCCCCGCCUCCCCCCCCCACCCCUCACCAGCCAUGGCCUUGGUCAGCAUCAACGAGCUGCCCGAGAACAUUCUGCUGGAGGUGUUCACGCACGCACCCGCCCGCCAGUUGCUGCGCUGUCGCCUGGUCUGCAGCCUCUGGAGAGACCUCAUUGACCUGGUGACACUCUGGAAGCGAAAGUGCCUGCGGGAGGGCUUCAUCACCGAAGACUGGGACCAGCCCGUGGCUGACUGGAAGGUCUUCUACUUCUUGUGCAGCCUCCGCCGGAAUCUCCUGCGGAACCCGUGUGCGGAAGAGGAUCUGACAUCCUGGCAAAUUGACUCCAAUGGCGGAGACGAGUGGAGGGUAGAGAGCCUCCCUGGAGACCAUGGGACAGAUUUUCCAGACUCCAAAGUCAAGAAGUACUUUGUCACAUCUUUUGAGAUGUGCCUCAAGUCCCAACUGGUGGACCUCAAGGCCGAGGGCUACUGGGAGGAUCUGCUAGACACGUUCCGGCCUGAAAUCGAGGUUAAGGACUGGUUCGCCGCCAGAGCCGACUGCGGCUGCACGUACCGCAUCCGAGUGCAGCUGGUCUCAGAAAACUACAUCGUCCUGGCCUCCUUUGAGCCCCCGCCUGUGACCAUUGAUCAAUGGAACAGUGCCGAGUGGACAGAGGUCUCCCACACUUUCUCGGAUUACCCGUCAGGGGUCCGCCACAUCCUCUUCCAGCACGGGGGCAAGGACACCCAGUUCUGGGCAGGCUGGUACGGGCCUCGUGUCACCAACAGCAGCAUCAUCAUCACCCCUAAGAUGACCAGGGACCGGGGGCCCCUCCACGGCUCAGCCUGAGACCCUGUAGGGGCAGGAAAAGGCUGCCCACCUGCCCUCCUCACUUCAUCUCCACGGGCCCUUCUGACAGUCUGACAUCCGCUGGCCAUUCAGCCAUCCUCUCUCUGGGCCGCUUGACUUCCGGAGGUCCCCUCCAGCUGAGCCUGUAGUGGGCAGUGAGGGCCCCUACCUUGGGAGCCCCUACCCCAGUUCCAACCUUGGGCAAACCCAACAGUUUGUGGCCACUCCCUGUCAUAUACUCUGACAUUUCAUGACAAUAAAUGUUUUCAGUAAAACCA